GUAUAUAUAGUGAGCAGCUUCAGAGAGCCACUACCACUUAGAGCUCACUAUUUCCUGAGUGCUUUCAACCCAGGAAGGAAACAUGAAGUGGUUUUUGUUCCUUGGGUUGGUGGCCUUCUCAGAGUCCUUAAUCAUGAUCCCUCUGCAAAAGAUCCAACCGUUGCGAGAAAAGCUCAGGGAAAAAGACCUGCUUAGAGAUUUCCUGGAGACGGAUCCUUACUACAAAAUCUUUAAGUAUUUUGGCAUACCACAGACGGCGGACGUAUCUUAUGAAAAACUGAGGAACUACUUAGAUCUGGCGUACAUCGGCACCAUCAGCAUCGGAACACCCCCUCAGGAGUUCAAUGUCAUCUUUGACACUGGCUCCACUGACUUGUGGGUGCCCUCCAUCUACUGCUACAGCCCCGCCUGUGGUGAGUGCCCUGUCACUGUCCCCACCAUGUGCCCCUGCCCCCUCCUUGGUCCUCAGCAGCCCUAACCGAUACCAACCUUUGUGUCCUCAGCACACCACAAUGUCUUCAACCCCCUGCAGUCCUCCACCUUCCAAUUCUUGGGCCAGCCUAUCUCCCUUACCUACGGCACUGGGAGCAUGAAGGGAUUUCUCGUCAGAGACACUGUUCAGGUAACACAGAAAACCGGAGGCUGAGGCAGAGGCAGCCCUGGGAGCUGGCUGCUGCUUACACAGUCAGACCUGGCUCAGCUGAGA